AUGGCAGUCUCAAGGGUUUCACUCCUCUUCGUCAUGGCGCCGGCCAUGUUCGUCCUGGCCACUUUUGAUGGGGCGAAGGCGCAGGAAGCACACGGUGUGUUAGCGACGUACAACCUGUACAACCCACAGAGCAUCAACUGGGACAUGCGGACGGCGAGCACGUUCUGCGCUACGUGGGAUUCCGACAUGCCGCUGGCGUGGCGGCAGCGUUACGGCUGGACGGCGUUCUGUGGCCCUGCCGGUGAACAUGGCGAGCCAUCAUGUGGCCGCUGCCUCCAGGUGACGAACAGGGCGACAGGGGCGAGCGCGGUGGCGAGGGUGGUGGACCAGUGCGACAAUGGCGGGCUCGACCUGGACAUCUCGGUGUUCCAGCAAAUUGACACCGAUGGAGGUGGCAUGGCCAACGGCCACCUUUCCGUUGACUACCAAUUCGUUGAUUGCCAAGAUUAG